AUUAUUGAUUUUCCGCCAGAUGGACAGCGUGACGUUCGGCGGAACUGCCCGGCUCAUGGUCCGGUAGGUUGCUGGUUUUCGGGGUCCACUCCGGGCAAUACCCCGGCCACGCCAAAACGUGCCGAUCAGCGUCAGACGGAAUGUCAUGAUAAAUCUUCAUCUGCACUGCGGUGAUUAUCAUCGAACAGCAUACGAACGGCUCAAACCUCGAUGACAUCUCAGUUGGGUAGGUGAGUAGGAAGCAAACCACGAAGAUGCUCGUCGCCAUACGUGUGCUAUUCGCGCUGUGCCUCUCGCUCACACCAGCAUGCGCGAUUGGGAACCCCAUUAUCUCGGGCUUCAACCCUGAUCCCGCGAUGCUCCGGGUGGGGGAUGACUAUUAUAUCGCCACGUCGUCUUUUGAGUACUGGCCUGGGAUGCCGAUUUAUCACAGCAAGGAUCUGUCGAAUUGGACGCUCAUUUCGCACGCCUUGACGAGGCCGGAGCAGUUGCAACUCUACGGCGUCCCUACCGGAGCUGGCGCCUGGGCACCCAGCCUAGCCCACUUCCACGGUAAAUUCUGGCUCUCGGGCAUGACGCGCUGGACCUACGAUCCCGUAGCCCGCGUCUGGCCGCGGGUGUGGUUCAUCUCCUCCCCGGACCUCGUGACCUGGUCCGACCCCGUGUGGGCGGAGCCGUGGGGCAUCGAUCCGGAGCUUUUUCAUGAUUUGUCGACGGGGCAGACGUAUUUGAAUCUGAUGGCGCCGAACAAUAAUCAGGAGAGGCUUUGGGGUAUCGCGCAGUGUGAGGUUUCGCUUUCGAGCGGGGCGUGUGUCGGAGGGUAUAGGAGUCUUUGGAAUGGGACGUUGGAGAGGAGUGCGACGGCUAGGCCGGAGGGGCCGAAGAUGUUUUUGAGAGGCGGGUGGUAUUAUUUGGUUAUUGCUGAGGGUGGCACCGAUGAGUUGCACCGUACCUCGAUUGCUAGGAGCAAGUCGCCGUCUGGGCCUUUUGAGGCCUGUCCGCAUAAUCCUCUCAUGUACAAUGGACAAUGGGGGGCCAAGAACUUGACUGUGCAGUCAACGGGGCACGCGACGUUUGUGGAGGCUGCCAAUGGGGAGUGGUAUGCUUCGUUUAUUGCGAGGCGGAAUGUGAAUGGCAGCUCGCCACUAGGCCGCGAGACGUUCCUGGCGAAGGUGACGUGGGAGAACGACUGGCCCAUCAUCAAUAACGGCAAGCCCAUUAUUCUUAGCGAAGAGGUCGGACCCAAAACAGGAGCCAGAAAGACACUAGCCCCUUGGGUGGACGACUUCUCCGGAAAGGAGCUUGAUCCCUCGUGGUACCAGCUCCGAACGCCGUAUGUCAAGUCAUACGACGUCUACAACGGGCGUCUGGUCUUCAAGCCCAACGUAUUUGGCUUGAGUGACCGGGAUCACCCCGCGGCGGUGCUGCGGAAGCAGACGUCGUUGAACAUGACAUUUUCUGCGGAGCUGCUUGGGUUCGAGGGCGUGUUGGGGCAGAGGAUGAGGGUUGGGGUGUCGAGUUAUUUGAGCGAGUUCCAGCAUCAGGAUAUUGGUGUCAAGGGGUGCGAUGGUGGGAUUGGGGGCACGUGUUUGUAUACGGAAGUGAGGAGAAAUGGCACUGUGGAUUCCUGGCAACAGACCCUCAACUCAUCUUCUCUACUCAAGAACGGGCUGAGAUUUCAUAUUCGGGCUGAACCGUUGACAUACCACCUGGGAUAUAGCAUUGGCGAUGACGAACCGACGUAUGUCACGAAGAUUGAAUCACGGUGGCAGGCUUUCGCGCCGACGGGGUAUUAUGUGUUCACUGGUGCAUCUUUUGCGUUGUUUGCUACUGGAGAAGGUGAGCCGUGGCCCGUUGAUGGACCAAAAGUUGGGUUCACGCGAGUUAAGGAGAGCUAUUUUGAGGAAGACAUUGGAGACUACGAUCGUUGGUAAGUCUGACAGGCAGUUCCACAGAGAUGAGGUACAGUCUUGAUUCAUGUUGGCAGGAAUUUUGAGUCAUUCUCUACGCAU